UAUUUCAAUUUAUAUACGAUCCUAUUUUUACAAGCUUGCUUAAAGCCUCCCUUCGUUCCCCUGAAUCUCUGACGAGCGAAUCACUCAGAAAUCACAGUCACUCUAACUUCGUAAACAUCGUCUCCCCCAAAUUUAUCUUUAACAACCACAAACAACAAACAAAGCCUUCCUCUUUCCUCGCUCUGGGUUCUUCCGUCGUCUCCUCCGGCAUCUCCACCGCUAGGGUCCUCACAAGCUUCCAAUCAACAAAUGGCUGUUCAAUCCCUCCAAUUUCUCUUUCCUCUAGCCCACACCCGCUCUUUCGCCUCAAUCUCCCUCCCCGCGCAUCACACUCUCCGCCCACCGCCCCUCCGCCACCCCCGCGCCUCCGCGGCUGCGCAUCGCUCUUCGUCGGAUCUCAAUCCCUCUCCGGAAAUCCUCAAAUCGGACGAUGGCAUCGCCGGCGUCGCCAUUGCGGCUGCUGCGUCGUCUAUUGACGUAGACGCAGUCACCGAGGCAGAGCUCAAGGAGAACGGAUUCCGGAGCACGCGGCGGACGAAGCUGGUUUGUACGAUCGGCCCAGCUACUUGCGGCGCGGAGCAGAUGGAAGCGUUGGCCGUCGGUGGAAUGAACGUUGCGAGGGUGAACAUGUGCCACGGCACGCACGAAUGGCACAGACAGGUCAUUCGCCAGGUGCGCAGGCUUAAUGAGGAGAAGGGGUUCGCUGUCGCAGUCAUGAUGGACACCGAGGGGAGCGAGAUCCACAUGGCUGAUCUCGGCGGGUUCGCAUCGGCCAAGGCAGAGGACGGUGAGAUUUGGACGUUUAGUGUGAGAGCUUUUAAAUCACCUCUUCCAGAACGGACCAUCAAUGUGAGCUAUGAUGGUUUUGCUGAAGAUGUUAGAGUUGGUGACGAGCUUCUUGUGGAUGGAGGAAUGGUCAGAUUUGAGGUGAUUCAGAAGGUUGGUCCUGAUGUUAAAUGCAGAUGCACUGAUCCAGGAUUAUUAUUGCCUAGGGCGAAUCUUACUUUCUGGCGAGAUGGUAGCCUAGUCCAAGAGCGUAAUGCCAUGCUCCCAACCAUUUCCUCCAAGGAUUGGUUGGACAUAGAUUUUGGCAUUGCUGAAGGUGUUGAUUUUAUUGCGAUCUCUUUUGUGAAGUCUGCAGAGGUUAUUAAUCAUCUCAAAAGUUACAUAGCUGCACGAUGCCGUGACAGAGAGAUUUCAGUGAUUGCAAAAAUUGAAAGUUUUGAUUCCUUGAAAAAUUUGGAAGAGAUCAUCCGUUCUUCAGAUGGAGCUAUGGUAGCUAGAGGAGACUUGGGCGCACAAAUUCCCCUAGAGCAAGUUCCCUCAGUUCAACAGAAGGUUGUCAAAAUCUGCAGGCAACUUAACAGACCAGUCAUUGUGGCCUCUCAGCUUCUUGAAUCCAUGAUUGAGUAUCCUACACCAACUAGAGCAGAGGUUGCCGAUGUUUCAGAGGCAGUUCGGCAGAGGGCUGAUGCUCUAAUGCUAUCUGGUGAGUCAGCCAUGGGGCAAUUCCCGGAGAAGUCUCUGACCGUUCUGAGAAGCGUGAGCCUAAGGAUUGAAAGGUGGUGGAGAGAGGAGAAGCAUUAUGAAGCUAUGGACCUCCCUGAGGUUGCUUCUUCCUUCUCGGGCAAAAUUUCUGAAGAAAUCUGCAAUUCAGCUGCUAAAAUGGCCAACUAUUUGGAAGUUGAUGCUCUGUUUGUUUAUACAAAAAGUGGGCAUAUGGCCUCCCUCCUUUCGCGCUGCAGGCCUGACUGUCCAAUCUUUGCAUUCACAACUUCAACCUCCGUGAGAAGACGCCUGAACCUUCAAUGGGGUUUGAUACCCUUUCGUCUCACAUUCUCUGAUGAUAUGGAGAACAAUCUCAACCGGACCUUCUCCUUGCUCAAACAGAGAGGUAUGAUCCAGUCCGGAGACCUUGUCAUCGCCCUGUCUGACAUGUUUCAGUCAAUCCAAGUUAUGAAUGUUCCUUGAGGAAUUCAGUUGAUUUUGGUAUGUUUGUUAAUUUUAGGUUUUCUAUGUUCUUGCCGCUAUCUAUGAAGAAAAUAAGCCAAUUUGCAUUUGUCUGUUCAUCUUGUAGUACCAUGAGCACCUGCAUUUAUUUCUUUGUAUCAUUAUUGUUGCCUUAUAUUGUUUAAUUAUAUAUGGCCAUGUUAGUACAUUCAAGCAACCUGGCUGGAGCAAAGUUUAGCAAGUGUUUCCAUUUGACCAAAUAAUAUGUGAAGACGCAAUCAAGUUUUUUUU